AUGUGUGCACGAAUUUCGCAAAGUUUGUCUGCGUCGCGUGCAGCGGAUUUCAGUGAGUCUUCCUUCACUCCACAUACCCCUCCUUUCCCGCCUUCACCCUUAGCGCUCGUGCGAGAGCGUGACUUCGGAGUCAACGCAAGAGUCACCAUUAUCACACUUCUCAUCGUGCUUCGUUCCCGCCUUCCCCUUUCCCGACUUAACCAUUUCCGCUUCCGCGAGUACACGCAUCGCCUCAAGUCCGUGUCAAUGGCCAAGUUCACCCCUGAGGAGGUGGCGGCGCUGCAGCAAGGCGGUAACCAGUGUGUGUGUGUCGCUCUCCCACCCCGCCCCCUUCCUCCCCCCUCUCCUCCCCUGCCAUUCCCCUCCCCCGCCCGUGUGCAUAACAGGGACAAGUUCUAUUCAUACGGGGAGGUGGAGUCCAUCCGUCUCAUCACCCCGCGCAGCUGUGCCUUCGUCACCUUCACCACGCGCGAGGAUGCCGAGAAGGCCGCUGAGGGGCUCUUCUUCUCACUAUCUCCCCCACUCCCUCCCCCGCCCGUGUGCAGAACAGGGACAAAGGCUUUGGAAGGAGGGGGCGACGGGGGAGGAAAGCGGUUGCUGGAAGGUGGAGCGGGGGGAGCGGGGGGGCCGGGUGGGGGGGAUGGGGGAGCGGAAGGUGAGGGGACGCAGGGGGGAGAGGGGGGAGAUGGAGGGGGGUCGGGUGGUGCGGCUGGGGGGAGUGGUGCGGGAGAGGGUUCGGCUGGGGGCAGCUUCGGGUUGCUACCUCGGGCUGCGGCAGGUUCGGCGGUAGGUCCGGCGACGUCUGCUUCUAUGUAUCCGUCUAUGAACCCUGAGAGGAUGGGGGCACGCACUCGCAACAGGGAGGGGGAAGGAGGAGGAGGGGGAGGGGGAGGAGGCGGAGAAGGGGGAGGGGGAGGGCGUGGUAAUGCUGCUGGCGGUGGUGAUGCGCCUGCGGCUGCAUCUGCUGCUCCACCAUACCCAUACCCGCCUCAUGCGUACCCUCCACCUGGCCACGCCCCCUAUCCUGCCCCCCACCAUCCCCAGCUCUACCAGCCUGCCCCAGGUGGUCCAUCAGGUGCCCAACAACAGUAUCCAGAUGCCCCUCCAGGUGCUCAACAACAGUACCCAGGUGGCCCUUCAGGUGGGCCACAACAGUACCCAGGUUUUCCCCCAGGUGCACAGCAGCAGUAUUCCCGACCUCCAUCCCAACCCUACCCUCCCCAACAGUACCCCGGGCCUGGGCCAGCAGUGCAGCGGUUACAGCAGCAAAAGUGUGCCGGUUACAACAGCAGGAGCGCGGCGAUUAAAGCAGCAGGAGUGCGGGCAGGAGUGCGGCUACAGCGGCAGGAGUGCGGUUACAGCAGCAGGAGUGCGGUCACAGCAGGAGUGCAGCUACAGCGGCAGGAGUGCGGUUACAGCAGGAGUAAUGCAGUGAGAGCCAGGCCAAUGGAGGCAAGCAGGUGGAAGAUGGAGGCAGUGGCUCCUGCAGGAGAAUGGAAGAACCAAGGAGGGGGAUCUUAG